AUGGCGGGGUUGAAAGAUACAGAAGGCUUCCCCGAGGCAAGGCGGCGCGAUGGUCCGGCGAGUGCGAAGAGCGAUCAAGAUCCUGUGGAUGGCGUCCGUGGCGGCGUCCCUCGUGCUGCUUCUCUUCACCUUCAGCGACUCCUUCGCCGCGUUGCGUCUAGCUCCUCCUCCUCCUUCGCCGUGCUGAGGAACCUCCCCAACGCCACGACGACCGAGGCUGAGGACGAGGACGAGGAAGGACGGGAGGGGAAGGACUUCGACCGCCACGACGACUUCGCGGAGGACUACGGCGGGGACAGCGAGGACCUCUACGCCGAGGGGGAGGACGAGGUGGCCGACGAGCUCAUUCCUGGCGACGAAGAGAUCGAGAGACUCGUCGCCGAGUAUGAAUACUACGACGGAGAGGGAAGAGGAGAAGAACACGAACAGCAAGGAGAAAGAGGAGGAGAAAUAGAACAAGAACAACGAGGGGAAAGAGGAGAAGAGACAGUAGGAGAAGGAAGAGGAGGAGAAGGAGGAAUAUCCAAAUCCCUCGUAACGACCGACGUGUCCACGACCGCCUGGUACGCCUUCGUCGGCAGGAGGUUCGCCGAGAGGAGGGCGCGAGUGAAGAGAGUGUGCGAGAAGUACAGGAACCCCGUGUACAGCAAGACCCUCACCAGGAACUCGUUCAUGUACUAUUCGGAAAAGUACAAGCUCAUGGUGUGCAUAGCCGCCAAGGUCGGGUCAUCCACCUGGAAGAGCCACCUGCUCCACAUGCGAGGACUCUCGCCGAUCACGAACAACAUCCACGCCAAGUACUUCGAGAACAAGAUCAAGGCCAAACUACUCCUGGGGACCCACUGGACGAUCAAGGCCAUGCAGAACUCGACCAAGGUCAUGACGGUUCGCCACCCCCUCGAGCGCCUCGUGUCCGCCUUCAGAGACAAGUUCCUCGACGGGAAGGCCGUGCAGAAGGCGCAGUCGGAUGGGCAUUUGAGAUACUUCUGGAAGCCGGCCAUGAAGGCGCUGAAGAAAGGCCGCACCGCAGAGGGCAAGUUGCAGAUCACCUUCCGCGAGUUCCUGCAAUACGUGGUGAGGGAACAGCGCUCAUCAGCUGGCGAUCCCCACUGGAUGCGGCUCUACAGGAUGUGUUCCGUCUGCGGCAUCGACUUCCCCUUCGUGAUGAGGCUCGAGACGUACGCCGAAGACCUGGCCUUCCUCGUUCGGAAUCUGGGCAUCGAGGAGGUCGACCCGAUGGAGAGACGCCACGCGCUACGCCCCGACAACACUAAAUCCCUGAGUCGACCCAACGAUGCUUCGAAACCCUUGGAAAUCGACACUGAACCGGCCAUUUCCAUCAAGAACUCGACCCUCAAGUAUUACCUCGACGUCCCUCCUGAACUCCUGGCUUCCGUGCUCGACAUCUACAAGGUCGACUUGGAGAUGUUUCGUUACCAAGUCCCUCCGGCGAUUCAAAACGUCGUCGACUUGUACCGAAACAGGACAGCUUAGUUUCGGAUCUUCGUUAUUUAUUUUUUCUAUUUUUUAUUCGUUUAUUUAUCGUGUUUGCUUUAUUUCUGUAUAUGGGUCUUCGUUGUUGUUUUUUUGUAUUUUUAUUUAUUUAUUUCUCGUGUUUGCUUUAUU